AUGAGUGAAUUCAAAUCGUUCGUCAAAACCCUGCAGGACGGUGUGUCUCCAGAAGACGUUAAAUGGGAGUAUUCGGUACCGGACAUUCCUAAAUCUCAUUUAACCAAUCAGGCGGGGCUCAUCAAAUGUGUAUCGAUUGUCUCGUCGAACCACCGGCAACAGAUCGUCCUCCGUUUCGCAGCUGCACCCUCGAACCGAGUCAUCAGGAACGACGUUCUCGAUAGGUUUAUUCUCCUCUCUUUGGGAGAUUUCAAGCUACAAUGGCCUGCUCUUAUCGCAGGCGAGACUUCGAGGCCGGCCACAGGUCGGGAGAAUGGGGACUGGAUCACCAGAAUGCUUGUUUCAGGCCUCACCAUCAAUGGCGUUACCUACAAUUUCUUCGGGCAUUCUAAUAGCCAGCUCAAAUCAAGAUCUUGUUUUUUGUACGCAGCGUCGAAAGAGGAGAUAUUUGUCAAAGUCGAAGCAAUGGGAGAUUUUUCAAAACUGAAGUCUGUUGGCAAGAAAGCGAAGCGCAUUGGACUCCUUUUCUCUAGCGCGGACGUAGCACUUGAUCUGCCACCCGAUCGUUGCCAAGACAUUGAUGAUGUCGCAACCAAGCAGUACAUCUUUACCGAUGGUUGCGGCCUCAUCUCUACUCAGCUGGCAAAUCACCUGGCACAAAAGCGGAGCAUCGUUUUUCGGAAUAGAAGGUAUAUACCUUCGGUUUACCAGAUCCGGUAUCGUGGUUAUAAGGGUGUUUUAACACUGGAUCCGACGUUGCAUGGGCAGAUACAGGUUCAGUUCCGAGCGUCAAUGCGGAAAUUCAAAGAUUCGCCAGACUACAGUCUCGCUGUGGUGGAUUAUUCCAAAGUACCGUAUUCAAAUGUAUUUCGUGAAUGGUAG